UUUUGGUCUUGUUUUUAGUCUUUACCUAAUUGAAUCUGGAUGAGAACAUAAACUAAGAACUGAGGUGAAAUCCUCCUUAUUAUUCAAUAUUUCCAGAAUGGAAGAACAGAGCGCAGAAGGAGAAUCCCCUAAAGCAGUUCUCAAUUGUAUAGACCUCUCCAAUCCUAACAUAAACCAAUCCGUUAAUUUGCUCAAACAGGCUUGCACCGAUUCUGGGUUUUUCUACCUUGUCAAUCAUGGAAUAAGUCAGGACUUGAUGGACGAGGUUUUUGCUCAAAGCAAUAAACUGUUCACUCUUCCUCUCAACGAAAAGAUGAAGCUUCUCAGGAAGGAAAAGCAUAGGGGCUAUACCCCUGUUCUUGAUGAACUCCUUGAUCCUGAGAACCAAAUUCACGGAGAUUACAAAGAGGGGUAUUAUAUUGGAGUUGAAGUGGCUGAUGAUGACCCAGAAUCGCAAAAACCUUUUUAUGGGCCAAACGUAUGGCCUGCAUCAGAUGUUCUGCCAGGGUGGAGGGACACUAUGGAAAAAUUCCAAUGGGAGGCAUUAAAAGUGGGGAAAGAAGUUGCAAAGAUAAUAGCCCUUGCACUUGAUUUGGAUGCUAAUUUUUUUGUUAAGCCAGAAAUUCUGGGAGAGCCCAUUGCAAUUGCGCGCUUGCUACGCUAUCAAGAUCAAAUCUCGGAUCCCUCACAAGGAUUAUAUGGAGCUGGAGCUCAUACUGACUAUGGUUUGAUUACUCUGUUGGCAACAGAUGAUGUCCCCGGUCUUCAAAUAUGUAAGGAUAAGGAUACUAAACCUCAGAUAUGGGAGGACGUGGCACCAUUGAAGGGAGCGUUUAUAGUGAAUCUUGGAGACAUGCUGGAGCGCUGGAGCAACUGUGUUUUCAAGUCUACAUUGCACAGAGUUAUUGGAAAUGGUCAAGAGAGAUAUUCUAUUGCAUAUUUUUUGGAGCCUGGUCAUGAUUGUCUAGUGGAGUGCUUGACAACUUGCAAAUCAGAUAGUAAUCCUCCCAAAUUUCCUCCUAUCUAUUACCGGGACUACUUGAGCCAGCGCUACAAGGUUACUCAUGCUGAUUUGCAUAUAUACAACAUAAACCAAUCUUGACCAGUCACUCACUUCAAACUGUGCAGCGCUACAAGGUUUGAAUCUAGUGAUAUUAUGAAGGGACGUUCUACUCUUCUCGUCAUGGGUGUAAGAAUUAUAUAAGUAGAAAAGAUCUAAUUUAUUACUUUAAUAUUUUGAUAUUUGUUGCUUAGUCUAUUAAUAGAAUCAUCUCUUGUAAAGCGUUUUUAACUCCUCCCGUAUCCCUCAAUAAUAAUAUGGGAAAAGUAUUUAUUAUUUUAAAUGACAGAAAGUUAUGUCAUUUUAAGAGAGAUACAGACACAGAAAAUUUGAAUUUUAAAUUAAAAAAAAUU